UAUGCAUGUAUAUUUGAAAUAUGGGUUGCUAAAUACUUAUCAAAAUCACAUGACAACUACUACAUGUAAUGGAUGAUCGCAUUCAAAUCAAUCUAUACAAAACAUCGAGAAUAAGUGCACGAAGUUGGGAGACGCUGUCUCAGAACACAAAUUAACAAUGAUUCAUGAGAAGGAGGGGAAACCAUAGAAUGUUCAGAAAAGAGUGUGCCUUAUAUUAGUCGGAAGUAACAGAAAAUACGUUGUCGGUAUUAAUUUGUUUGUCACACAGUAACCAAAUAAUUAUACUUGAUAGAAUUUAAAAAUCAUGAAGCUGUUUCUACUUUUGGUUAUAACAAUAUUUAGUACAGUGCAAGCAGUGUCAUUUUUUGAACUAGUUAGUCAAGAAUGGACAACAUUCAAGAUGGAACAUGGUAAGGUAUAUAGAUCUGAUGUUGAAGAAAGAUUUAGAAUGAAAAUAUUUAUGGACAAUAAACAUAAAAUUGCUAAGCAUAAUGGCAAUUAUGAGAUGAAGAAAGUUCCAUAUAAAUUGAAAAUGAAUAAAUAUGGAGACAUGCUUCAUCAUGAGUUUGUGAAUACAUUAAAUGGUUUCAACAAAUCUAUAAAUACUCAACUGAGAUCUGAAAAGAUGCCUGUUGGUGCCUCAUUUAUUGAACCAGCUAAUAUAGAAUUACCAAAAUCUAUAGAUUGGAGAGAACAUGGUGCCGUAACUCCAGUCAAAGAUCAAGGACACUGUGGGUCAUGUUGGGCAUUUUCAGCAACUGGAUCUCUAGAAGGACAACAUUUUCGACGAACAGGAGUUUUAGUUUCUUUGAGUGAGCAAAAUUUAAUUGAUUGCUCUGGACAGUAUGGUAAUAAUGGAUGUAAUGGUGGAUUAAUGGAUGCAGCUUUUACAUAUAUUAAAAAAAAUAAUGGUUUAGAUACAGAAGUUACUUAUCCAUAUGAAGGUGAAAAUAAUAAAUGUAGAUAUGAUCCACAAAAUAGAGGCGCGCUCGAUGUUGGUUAUAUAGAUAUUCCAGAAGGAGAUGAAAAAAAGCUUAAAGCAGCAGUUGCUACUAUGGGACCAGUCUCUGUUGCUAUCGAUGCUUCCCAUCAGUCUUUUCAAUUUUAUUCUGAAGGAGUCUAUUAUGAACCAGAGUGCUCCUCACAAGAGUUGGAUCAUGGAGUAUUAAUAGUAGGAUAUGGAACUGAUGAAAAUGAUCAAGAUUAUUGGCUUGUAAAGAAUAGUUGGGGUGAAACAUGGGGUACGGAUGGAUACAUCAAAAUGGCUAGAAAUAAAUUUAACCAUUGUGGAAUCGCUAGCACCGCUAGUUAUCCUCUUAUUGGACCUCAAGGAUAAUUUCUUAAAAAUUUAAUAAAUU